AUGCAACGAGUUAAUCUACUAAAGAAUAAAAAGAAGAAUAAGAUACACACAUUAGAACAGAAACGUUUCACCUUCACCUUCCAGAAUACACCCCUGAAUAGAACUAUAGAACAGGCAGUUAGACGUAAUUGGCACAUAAUAGAAAGUGAUGCAGAACUGAAAGAAGUAGCUAGUAAAAAACCAUUGAUUUCAUACAGAAAGAACAAAACUAUAGGAGACAUUUUGAAAAAACAACUUACAUAUUAUUUAAGGAAGGUCAGGAUGACUCUGGACACUGGAAAUGAGAUAUACUUCGAUGUGAAUGGUGAUUUACCUUAUAUCUAUCGAAUUGUGAACUGGCAAAUGAAUCCAGAUGAUACUGUGAUACAAGUUAAAAUUGGCACCUUUAGCACUUCAGAACCUCCAAAUAAAGCCCUGAUCCUUAACUCAAGUCUAAUCUCAUGGCCAACUGGAAGUCAACAACAGGAUUCCCCUAUCCCACCUAGUAUGCUUGACUCCUUUAUUACAGUCAUUCCCAAACCUUGGAAGGACCCAGCAGACUGUGCCAGUUAUGGUCCAAUUUCUUUAUUGAACUUGGACCUGAAACUGUUCACUAAAAUUUUGGUGGAUUGGCUCAGCAUAUUGAUUCCGCGCCUUAUUGAUAAGGAUCAGGUCCCACGUUCUGUCUGUAGCAAGAAUUGUCCUCUUGGAUUUAGGAAGGCAGCUAUUCAGGGACAACCUAUCUGCUGCUUUGAGUGUGUUUCGUGUCUACAAGGAGAGAUCUCUAAUCAGACAGAUUCCAUUACCUGCUACAGGUGUCUAUGGGACCAGUGGCCAAAUCAUGAAAAGUCCAGCUGUCUCUCUAAACCCAUUGAGUUUCUGUCUUAUGAAGAUGUGUUAGGAGCCAUCUUAGCUGCAUCCAGCUUGAUUUCUGCUGUUAUUCCUCUUCUUAUUUUGAGGCUUUUUAUUAAACAUAGAAAUACCCCUAUUGUAAAAGCCAGCAAUUAUUCUCUAAGUUGUCUUUUGAUGGUGUCCAUAGGCCUCUGCUUCUUCUGUUCCUUAGGGUUUAUUGGUUACCCAGAAAUUAACAAAUGUCUCCUGCGUCAGGUGACCUUUGGUCUGGUCUUCACUCUCUGUGUUGCUUGCAUUUUGGCCAAGACAAUCAUGGUUGUUUUAGCAUUUAUGGCCACCAAACCAGGAAGCAGUCUGAGAAAAUGGACCACAUUCAGGGUCUCCUAUACGAUUAUUUUCAUCUGUUGUCUGUUACAGUUCAUCCUGUGUGUCACCUGGUUGUCCAUUGCUCCACCAUUUGCUCAAUAUAACACUGACAUUAGACCUGAACUUAUCAUUGUUGAUUGUAAUGAGGGAUCAACCAUCGCCUUUUGGACUAUGUUGGGUUAUCUCUUUCUUCUGGCCACCAUCAGUUUCAUAGUGGCCUUCCUGGCCCGAAGACUUCCCGACAGCUUCAAUGAAGCCCAGUAUAUUACAUUCAGCAUGUUGGCCUUCCUCAGUGUCUGGAUAUCUUAUAUCCCAGCCUCCCUAAGUGCUCAGGGCAGGUACACAGUGGCUAUGGAGAUCUUUGCCAUCUUAGCAUCCAGUUGGGCUUUAGUCAUAUGUAUGUUUCUUCCUAAGUGCUUCUUCAUACUGCUCAGACCUGAGAUGAAUUCCCGGGAAAAUAUCAUGAGAAAAAACAAAACAAGCACCAUAUAUGUUUAA